AGGAAGUACAUGAAGCAUCUGCAGGCGACGGAUUUUCCCGGUGUGUCCGGCCACGUUCUCUUCGACGGUCCAAAUCGCAUCGGUAAGAUCGAGGUCAUCCAGGUGUGGCCGAAAAACGACUCCUUCAACGUCGUCCGCAGGUAUCAGAUGCAGAAAGAUGGCAGUAAGAAUGGCACGCUGGAAAAGACCAAUGAGAGUGUCCGAUGGCUGACACCAGAUGGCUCUGUGCCCACUGACGGCAUCCCAGACGCGGAGGUGUGUAACAUCGAGCGGUUUCGCGCGCAGCUGGGAGUGAGCUGCGACGUUGCCAUCGUCAUCGCCAACAUCCUUGGCAUCAGCGGCAUCGCCAUCCUUAUGUUUGGAGUCAUCUACCUGUUCAAGCGCAGGUAUGACAAGGAGGUGCGUGCGGACGCAGGAUCGUAUGAAGGAACUGGGACUGCUGCUGCUGCGACAUGCUAG